AUGUCGCUCGAAAAUGACAGUCGGCCGAGGGUCGACGGCUAUGUCCAACCUCAAAUGACCAAGAAACCACCGUUCUCUGUCGAAGCCUCUGGCUACGAGAAGAAAGAAGGCGAAACCAUCCCCCGACGCAAUCCCCUGGCCAAAGACAAACUUAUUGUUCGACCUUCAGAUGACGUCAAAACCGUAUUUGACAAUCUCAAACGAGCGGCCGCCAAGUUUGGAAAUGCCAAAGCCAUUGGAUCGAGAAGAAUCAUCAAGACACACGUUGAAAACAAGAAGGUCAAGAAGAUGGUCGAUGGUGUUGAGCAAGAGGUGGACAAGAAGUGGACCUACUUCGAACUCAGCGGCUACGAGUAUAUGACUUUCAUCGAGUACGAGAAGCUGGCCCUUGACUGCGGCGCCGGUUUGGCGCAUCUUGGUAUCUCCAAAGAGAACAAAAUGCACCUGUACGGUGCAACCAGUGCUCAUUGGCUGGCCAUGUCGCAUGCUGCCGCCUCUCGGUCAAUCCCUAUAGUGACUGCCUACGAUUCUCUUGGUGAGGAGGGACUGAAGCAUUCUCUCGUCCAGACCGAAUCUGUUGCCAUUUUCCUAGAUCCCAACCUCAUCCCUACUCUGCUCAGAGUCAUCAAAGAUGUCAAGAACCUCAAGACUGUCAUCUACAACACAGAACCAGAGGUCAAACAAGCAGACCUGGACAAACUGAAAUCCACUCACCCCGAACUGAAAAUCCUCAGCUUUGAAGAGCUCCGAAAGUCCGGCGCUGAGAACCCUUCGGACCCAAUACCCCCCAGCCCGGAAGAUCUGGCCUGCAUCAUGUAUACGUCCGGCUCCACUGGACCACCAAAAGGUGUUACCAUCAAGCACAAGGCUGUGGUUGCGGCAAUGGCUGGAGUUCAGACAGUCGUGGCCCCCUACAUUGGACCGGCCGAUGCGUUGCUGACUUAUCUGCCUCAAUCGCACAUUUUCGAAUACAUGUUUGAAAACGUCUGCUUGUUUUGGGGUGGAACCAUGGGUUACGGCAAUCCCAAGACGUUAUCUGACGCUUCGGUCCGGAAUUGCAAAGGAGACAUUCGUGAGUUCCGACCUACUAUUUUGAUCGGUGUCCCUGCCGUCUGGGAAAGCGUCAAAAAAGGCAUUCUCGCCAAAGUCAAUGGAGGCUCCUUCAUAGUCAAGAACAUGUUCUGGGGUGCCCUGUCACUCAAACAGACCCUCCUUUCAAUGCACCUGCCUGGCGCCGGGCUUUUGGACGCUGUCGUGUUCAAGAAGUUGAAGGAUGCCACGGGUGGCCGGCUUCGCAUUGCCUUCAACGGAGGCGGGCCCAUCUCGGAAGAAACCAUCAAGUUCAUCAGUUACGCGGUCACUCCAAUGAUCUCUGGCUAUGGCUUGACUGAGACUUCUGCGAUGGGUUGUAUCCAAGAUCCGUUGGCGUGGGAUCCCUACGCCUUGGGCGAUAUCACCGGAUGUAUUGAGAUCAAGCUGGUUGACUUCCCUGACGCUGGGUAUUUCUCGACCAACAAACCUCCCCAGGGUGAAAUCUGGAUUCGAGGCCCUUCGGUCACAGAGGGUUAUUGGGACAACGACAAAGAGACCCAGGAAGCGAUCACCGAGGAUGGAUGGUUCAAGACCGGCGACAUUGGCGAGUUCAACGCAAAUGGCCACCUGCGCAUCAUCGACCGGAAGAAAAAUCUGGUCAAGACACUAAAUGGCGAAUAUAUUGCCCUCGAAAAACUGGAAUCAGCUUACCGAACCGCCCCUGUUGUCGGAAAUAUUUGCGUUUUUGCUGCUGCAGACAAGGCCAAACCAAUUGCCAUCAUCGUGCCAGUCGAGGCCACGCUAGCGAAACUCGCAGCAGCCAAUGGUAUUCAGGGAGAGAAUCUGGAAGAGAUGGUCCACGAUAAAAAGGUCAACGCGAUUGUCCUAAAGGAAGUGCAGAAAGCUGGCCGUGAGGCUGGUCUCUCUGGCAUUGAGAUCAUUGACGGCGUGGUCCUGGCUGACGAGGAAUGGACUCCCCAGAACGGGCUCAUUUCACCAGCCCAGAAGGUUCAGAGGAAGAAGAUUCAGCAGCGGUUCGAAAAGGAGAUCAAGCAAGCCUACGGAGAAUGA